AUGCAUUAUGAGAAAAACCGAGGCAGUGGGAUGAAAGUUGGUGUGGUUUCCAGUGUGGGUUUGCCUAGAAAGCACGGUGGCUGGAUGUUUGAUCGUGAUGGUGAAGUCAUCAAUCUGCCAGGACCGGCUGGAGACCUGCUAGAAAUGUACGAUUGUCGAGAGAUGGAAGUGAUAGCGCAUAUCUACAAAGAAAUGCAAAUAUAUGAUGUCAUCAUGUUUUCCAGAUUACGAGGACAUGCACUACAACCUCACUUGGAAAAUUGUCACCAAUUACCGGUGGAUGUCGGCAUUUUGUAG